AUGCCGAAAGUUGUGUCUCGAAGUGUUGUGUGCUCUGACACUCGAGACCGGGAAGAGUACGACGACGGAGAGAAGCCCCUUCACGUCUACUACUGCCUUUGCGGCCAGAUGGUGUUGGUCCUGGACUGCCAGCUGGAGAAGCUCCCCAUGAGGCCUCGAGACAGAGCCCGGGUGAUCGACGCGGUCAAACACGCACACAAAUUCUGCAACGUGGAGCAAGACGAGAACACUUACAUCAAGAGAGCAGAGGGCAUCGAGCGGCAGUACCGCAAAAAGUGCGGCAAGUGCGGCCUGCUGCUCUUCUACCAGCACCAGGAGAAGAACACUCAGGCCACCUUCGUCGUGGAAGGAGCGGUGGUUAAGUUCGGGCAGGGCAUCGGUAACACUAGCGUGUACAGCCAAAAGCAGCCCGAGGCUCCGAAGAAGGUUCGCGUCAUGAUGACGAAACGAACGAAAGACAUGGGCAAGUUUAGCUCCGUCACCGUGUCCACUAUAGACGAAGAGGAGGAGGAGAUCGAGGCCAGGGAGGUGGCGGACUCCUACGCCCAGAAUGCUAAAGUCAUCGAGAAGCAGCUGGAAAGGAAGGGCAUGAGCAAGAGGAGGCUUCAGGAAUUGGCCGAGCUGGAGGCCAAGAGGGCCAAGAUGAAGGGCACCCUCAUCGACAAUCAGUUCAAGUAG